AUGGCAAAGAUGACAGCGACGGAAAAUAGCAAUGUAGCUGAGGAAACUCCUGAGACGAAGGAAGAUGGAGUGGAACAAAGUAACGCAGUUGAGGAGGAACAGAAGCUGCCAUACGAAGUGGAAGAUGGCCGCAAAACCUGUACUGAAAACCAAAGCAAAGAAACAGAUAUUAACGAUGAAGAUACUGAUGAAAAUAAAUCCAUACUGAGCAAGUUGUUCGUUCACAGCCAGUGGCUAGCGGUCCAAAGCCCGUAUUUCAAGGCGCUUUUCUAUUCCGGCAUGAAGGAAACUUAUUCCAACGAGGUAGUAAUGAAAAUUUAUGAAGAUGAUCUUCAAGCACAUUUGACCUUAAUCGAAGCAAUGUACAAACUUGAUGUACUCAUUGACAAAGACUACCAUCUUGUAGUCCAAGUUCUUGUCCUUGCAAACAAGUAUGAUGUUCGCCAUGUCAUCAAGAAGUGCAAGUAUGUCCUGUUGUCGACAGCACCAAGCUUAGAUAUGUGUGAAUAUAUUCUCCAAGAAAUAAAACAUCUUUCCCACAUGGCUGAUAUGUAUGAUAUGCUCGAGAAGUUCCUUGUUAAGGAAUUUACACCGAUAGACAAAACGUGGACUAUGGAAAAAUUUACUGGACUUUCAAAAGCCGCGCUGAGGCUUCUUCUCGAAAGUGAUAGUUUGGGUACCCAAUCUGAAAACACAAUAUUUGUUGCAUUGAUGGAAUGGGUUCGUUUCAAUAUCCCUAGUCAAGCACGCAAUAAAUGUGAUCUGUUGGAUGUUGUAAGAUUUGAGUUUAUAGAGGUAGAUUUUCUGUAUGAUUUCGUGCAAGAACAUCUGGUAGCAACAAAAAUGCUUGGAUUCACCAAACAUCUUCUGAAAGGUUUAGCAUAUCAUGGAUUUUCGCAGAUUAGGCGAGAACAAUUCAAAUCGAAGCCGAAGAAACGACCCUUCGUAGCGGAUGCCGAUCCAACGUUUUCAUGGGUAAUUGAUGACAAACUCGAAGAAAAGCUGACGAAGUUUCCAGGAGUUCCUGUUUAUUCUAGUAUAUUUUGGAAUCAAGGAUAUAAAAUGAAACUUCAGCUUGGUUAUAUGGAAGAUUUAAGUAAAUGCAACUUUUAUCUCGCGAUCUUUGGCUUGAAAGGCGAGGGUUGCUUGUAUGCCAGUUAUAGGGCCAAGUCGAGUUUAUUUGUUUCGAAGACAAUUCAGUUAAAAAAAACGUUGUAUACAGCCAGCAACCGUUCUUGGGGAUAUAGAAGUUUAGAAUGUAACAAAGCUCAAAUAAGAGGAAAAGGCUAUACAAUUGACAUAUGGGUACAAAUUAAUUAA